CGAGGAGGCGGCGGCGGCGGGUCAGUCGGUCGGUCUGUCAGAACCGGCCUCCCCCUCCUCCUCCUCUUUCUCCCUGGGUUGAAAAAAGGGGGGGAUCAGAACGGGGUUUGCUUUCCCCCGCCGAGGAGGAGCCGGCGCCGCCUUCACCACAGCCGCGAUGGAGCCGGAGUCUGUGAUUGAGGACAAGACCAUCGAGCUGAUGCAUUAGGAGUGCAUAUUGGGAUUUCGUUCAAGAAAGAAGUAGAUACACCAAGCUGAAGAUGAUUGGCUGCUCUCUUUUGACAGACAAGUGUGAAAAGGAAACCCCAUUCGAAUCCCCAUUCAUUCUGGAUUGGUGGAUCUGAAGCACAGAAACAGAGUUUCAGUGUUCUGUGCCAAGGUCUUUGUGGCUAGGCUGCUCCAACCUGGUAGAGAGCAUGUGCGCACUGAGAUGCCUGCAGAGCAUGCCCAGUGUCAGAUGUCUCCAGAACACGUCAGUAAUGGAGGAUCAGAAUGAAGAUGAGUCUCCAAAGAAAAACACACUGUGGCAGAUAAGCAAUGGAACUUCAUCUGUGAUAGUCUCAAGGAAACGACCAUCUGAAGGAAACUACGAGAAAGAAAAAGACUUGUGUAUUAAAUAUUUUGACCAGUGGUCUGAAUCGGAUCAAGUGGAGUUUGUGGAACACCUUAUUUCACGAAUGUGUCAUUAUCAGCAUGGACAUAUUAAUUCUUACUUGAAGCCCAUGUUGCAGAGGGACUUCAUCACUGCUUUACCAGAACAAGGUUUAGAUCACAUAGCAGAAAAUAUCCUAUCCUACCUUGAUGCCCGAUCACUCUGUGCAGCAGAGUUGGUUUGUAAGGAAUGGCAGCGAGUUAUUUCAGAGGGAAUGCUAUGGAAGAAGCUAAUUGAGAGAAUGGUACGAACUGAUCCGCUCUGGAAGGGGCUAUCGGAAAGAAGGGGCUGGGAUCAGUACCUGUUUAAAAAUAGACCCACAGAUGGCCCUCCCAAUUCAUUUUAUAGGUCACUGUAUCCAAAGAUAAUACAAGAUAUAGAGACUAUAGAGUCCAACUGGCGAUGUGGAAGGCACAACUUGCAAAGAAUUCAGUGCCGUUCUGAAAAUAGUAAAGGUGUUUACUGUUUGCAGUAUGAUGAUGAAAAGAUUAUCAGUGGCCUAAGGGAUAACUCCAUCAAGAUUUGGGAUAAAACUGUAUUGGAAUGUUUGAAAGUAUUAACAGGACAUACUGGCUCUGUCCUAUGUCUGCAGUAUGAUGAAAGAGUCAUUGUAACUGGAUCUUCUGACUCCACUGUGAGAGUUUGGGAUGUGAACACAGGCGAAGUCCUGAACACACUGAUUCAUCACAAUGAGGCAGUGCUUCACUUGCGGUUCAGUAAUGGCUUAAUGGUGACCUGUUCAAAGGACAGAUCUAUUGCUGUCUGGGAUAUGGCCUCCCCAACUGACAUCACCCUGCGUCGUGUAUUGGUUGGCCAUCGAGCUGCUGUUAAUGUUGUAGAUUUUGAUGACAAGUAUAUUGUAUCUGCUUCCGGUGAUAGGACCAUUAAAGUUUGGAGCACAAGCACAUGUGAAUUUGUUCGCACUCUUAAUGGGCACAAGCGGGGCAUUGCCUGCCUCCAGUAUAGGGAUCGACUUGUCGUGAGUGGAUCGUCAGACAAUACCAUUAGGCUUUGGGAUAUCGAAUGCGGGGCCUGUUUAAGAGUGCUGGAAGGACACGAAGAGCUGGUGAGGUGCAUCAGAUUUGAUAACAAGAGGAUUGUAAGCGGAGCCUAUGAUGGCAAAAUCAAAGUUUGGGACUUGCAAGCUGCUCUUGACCCUCGUGCCCCAGCAAGUACGCUGUGCUUACGCACAUUGGUGGAACAUUCAGGUCGUGUGUUUAGACUCCAAUUUGAUGAAUUUCAGAUCAUUAGUAGUUCUCAUGAUGAUACCAUUUUGAUUUGGGAUUUUUUAAAUGUGCCUCCCAAUGCACAAAAUGAGUCACGCUCUCCAUCCAGAACAUACACUUACAUCUCCAGAUAACAGUCUGCAAUUUACUACUUUCCAAGGAUUCCACAGUCUUUGAACUACUGGAUAUUUGGCUCUUACAUACCUGAAGACCUUAGCCACCGCUAAAGUCAGAAGUGGUUCUAGAUGCUGUGUAGAUGCGAAGCAGCACAAUUCUAUAUCUAAACUUAUCUUUUCCAGUCCUUGGUCACUCAGUGGCCUCCUCCAAGGAAUUGACUAGGAAUUCACUGAGUUCAAGUAGAAGAAAUUCAGUCUAUCCUUCACUACAAUGCAAGAUCCAAAGCUUCAUGAGUAAAUUGCCCAUAUACACUGAACUGAUGGCUUGUUUUUCCAGGAGUAAAUCGGAUGUCAAGGGAGGACUUGACCUAAUUUAUAUUUGCUUUGCACUUUUAUCUGACUCUGAAGAAGAAAAACAUUCUCAGUGAAAUGUGGGUGCCAAACAUAUACCCAGAAUGUACAGGGCUUUGAGUUCAAAGUCGUCAUCCACCUGUAGACUUUACGUUUAAUGACAGAUGCGGAUCCUGUUUUGUUUGCUAGGAGUAUCAGUUGGACUGGUAGAAAUAUUUCUGGAUGAAUUGGUAAUAUUUUGGAUGAUAGUUUACCUAUUUCUGCACCAGUAAUUUGCUUUAAUUUAAAGAUUGUAAAUUGGGCUAGAUGAUCUAAACUAGAUGUACAGCACUGUCCUUUCUUUUAAUUGUGCUCUGUACUACAGCCGUCCUACUCCUUCUAACAUUUGGUAUAGUUGGAUCCUUCAUGUGUGCUUGCCUCAUUAUUUCCAAUACCGUAACUGUAUAAGCAUGUAGAUAUUAUGUACAUAACAUUGUAACCUCCAAGUGCUGGGAGUCAGGGUCUCCUGAUACUGUAUACAGAUGCCAAGGCAUAAGCUUUUAAGCAUCAAGGCAUUCUAACUACUGGCACCGAAUGGGGUUGAGAUGUGUUACUUUAGAAACAUUUCUCUGUGAAAAGGAGGGUUUUAGUAUUCGUUAGGAUUUUUCCUUUUUAAACAAAAAUGGGAUGAAAUAUCUUAAUGUUGCUUCUAAAAAAAAUUUAAAAACUAAACGUUAAAUUUGGUUUUCUUUUCCAUGCUGCAAUAUUUGCAAAUCACCUUCAGCCAUUGGCCAGAGUUGCAUACAUGACUAACAUCUUUUAAAAUCCACUUGAAGAAUCUUUGAAUUACCAUGCUGAUAAAUCAAAUUAAAAAUGAACUUCUAAUCCACUGUGACUUUAAGGGAGAUGAUCGGUGUUCCUCAUUUAAUUUUGAGAAACCUAGUUGUUAGGGCACACGUCAUUGGAACUUCUCUCUUUAAACUUGUGAUUGGCCAUGGUAGUUAUACACUCCCCAAUAAAAAAAUAAAUUCCCUACAAAUGCUGUAUCUGUAUCUUUACAUUAUUGCUGGGCAACAUCGUUUAGUGGCUUCUUCUAAUGCUCGUUUGAAAUGUAUUAACUAAUAAAGUAUAAUAUUGGUUGAUUUAGGAGAAGUAGUUGGCCUGGAUAUGGACACUGUCAUUCCUUAGUCAUAUGGUUUUGUAUUUGUUUUUCCUUUUUUGUCACUCUUGAUUUUUCUUUCUCCCCACCCCCCUUUGGUUGAGAGGUCAAGGAAUGUUGAUAACCAAUUAAAAUGACCAAUGAAUGAAUAUUGCUUAUUUAGUGGAACAGCUGUGGCUGGAUAUUUCACUCGCACACCUGCCAGCUUGUCAGUCAAAUUUUAAAAAUGAAAGCACAUGUCAGAUGUUUAAAAGGUGCAACUUGAGCUGCUUCUGGUAUUCCGCUCUUUGCCUUCCUGAGUGUUACAAAUCAACAGUUUGAGUUCAUAAAUUCCCUUUCUGAACACUGCUGCAAAUACUUGUUACAUGGAUAUGAUCAAACCCCACAAAAAAUAUAAGGGGGACACAUUCCCAUGUUCUCAGUUUUUAAUAUGGUUGACGGUUGUGGAAGUGGCUUAUCUCCCCCCCCCAUGUCAUCUAAUGGCUGUAAAAUGAAUGAAUUUCUAUAGCAGCCCUGAAGACGAAGGUAUUUAUGGAGAACUGUCCUUUUUAAUGCAUGUGUAAGAUUAAAUUCAUGUUUUUCCAUGGGAAAUAAUGGUAUUUGAAGAUGCAGCCUAAACUACUUUUGAUUGUGCUUGGUGUAACAUAGCCGUGGAGUUUGUGACUGGCACCCAAGGAACUUGGCUCCUGGGAUUAAUGAUAGUGAUCCUGGCUGUACUCUGGACUUUGUUUCGCUAAUCAUAACUGAGCAGCUGUAUGUUACUGCUAGAUUAAUGUUUCAAAGCACUGGGAUAGUCUUACUCUAACUUGUAAUUAUGUUUGCCAGUUACCUGUUUGGAAAGUUUGUGUAUGAACAGCUUAUUUGACAACUGUUGAAUUGUACAGAUAUUGUUCAUGAUAUAAGGCUUUGUACGUGGAAUGUGCUUAAUAAAAAAAAUUUAAACUUC